AUGCAAGUCGAUUGGGUCGAAGAUUUGAUGGACUCUGCUGCGGAUGCUAGUAAGGAAGGACGCUAUGAUCGUUUCUUGUCGGAGGGUACUAUGUUUUUUGUGGUGGUUGUUUGUGGCGUUUUAGAGGUAGGGGUAGAGAGCGGCAAGGCCGAGAGGGAGGAAGAGGUUGAAUACACGGCUGCGGCGCAUGCAGGUUUCUUUUGGUGGGAGUUGAAAGGGUUCUUUCAGAGUCAGAGUCUGCGUCCAGGUCUGUCGCGUUUAUUGGCAUCCAAUAUGGUCAAAUAUGAAAAGUCAACUCGUGCCUGUCAAAGAAGUUCGGUGCAUAUCGACAACCAGGUCUAUAGAUUCGUUAGCUACCGCCAUGAUGGGAACAAAGAGAGCCAUACUCGGGAAGUCUCCACAAUAAGAUGUCAACCGAUGAAUCAAAAGCCGUCUGACCUCACGUUGAUAAGUUUUGAAGACCACGACCCUCCCUUUGCCUAUUGCGUCGUGAAAGACAGUUCAGAGGUGGGAGAGGGUCUAAGUCCUUGUGAGCGUGCGUCCCAGCGCCUUCAAGAGAGACGACUGACAGGAUGUGGGUAUGACCAGGGCAGAGGUACCCGGAGACGAUGGAAACGAGUCGACGAUACGGUGAUCAAGAUUCAAGAAAUGCGGUCAAAUUGCGCUGAUAGGGCAUUUCGGAUGAGACAGCUGAGUGGGAGAAGGACAGAUGGAUUGGCGUGGAUUGUGAUGCUCCGGAGAGACUUGACAGUCGAGGAGCGCCAAUUCAAUUUCGACAUCGAGCGAGCCUCUCCAGUCCGUUCGCACUGCAAAUUCACUCCAGCUCGAAGACAUCUGGGCGGUAGUAUCCGCUACACGGUGGCGACUCUCCAUCCCAUCCACAUGAUUUCCAACCAACGAGUCCGAGGCUCGUUGAAGUUCCAAUCCCUUGAAAAGACGGAUUCUCAACCGGGACACGUCGAAAAACUAGGGAAACAUCCCCCAACUUGUUUGGGAGCACCCGGAAAGUCAGAAGGCAUAUCACGGUUUGGACAGGAACUUACGCUGGUCAUGGAGAAUAGCAUUGGAAACCCUCAGGUGUAUUCUCGUGGAAAUCCCCCAUCUCUGGUCCCAAUGAGCAUUCCAACCUCCCCUGCUGACCAUCACAUGCUUUCAGCAGCGAACGCCAUACCCUCUGGCUCACCUUUUGCUUCGCACGCAUCUUCCACGGCUUAUCCAAGCCCUCUUUCAGCCACCACCCCAUCGGCCGCUUCGCGUACACCUCAAACAGCCCAUCUCAGACCUCCCGAGGUGGCUGUUUCAUCCGCCAGCUCAUCGACUGCCCUCCAACAAUAUCUUCUCUUCCGCAACACAAAUGACGGCGGCCACGGCCACGUCACCCCUCCCCAGCAACAAUCGACCACGGACAACCACGAACGAUCACAACAUGAAAACACAACCACGCAACAACCACGGCAGAACAACAGCACACGACGAGACACGACCAUUACCAAACAAGCAAGGUCCACGUCGCCGGACGGUGAAGAUGACCUGGCAUGUCAAUGGACGUGCCAUGACAUCCAGACUGUGAUGAUGCAUGUCGUCGUCACUGUCCACGUCAAUCCAGAAAAAAUGUGCAGGGAUUGA